UAAAAUUAUUCAUGACCGAAAAGAUUACUCUAUGUUUUCUUACAUUACCAAUCGAACUAAUAUAUCGAGUUUUGGAUCAUCUCGAUGAAUUAACAAUUCUUCUUUCAAUUCGAAAUGUUUGCCAACGAUUCAAUGCAAUUAUAGACACAUAUUAUCGAUAUCAGACAUUCACUAGUUGUAAUUUUGCUUAUAAACAAUUGAAUUAUCAAAUCCUAGAAAAUCUUACGAAUGCAUUACAAACAAAUACAAUACUCAAAACUCUUACUUUUAAUAAUAAUCAAAUAGGAGAUGAAAAUAUUCAAUAUAUAGCUAAUAUAUUACGAAAUAAUUCAACAUUGACAACAUUAAAUAUUUAUAGUAAUCAAGUAGGCCCUGCAGGAGUAUUCUAUUUAACUAAUGCUCUACAAAACAACGAAACACUUACGACGUUAGAUCUCUUUGAUAAUCAUAUAGGUAAUGAAGGUGCCAAAUAUUUCGCCGAUAUAUUAAAAAACAAUAACACACUUUUGACGCUCAAUCUUCCAUCAAAUAAUAUCGAUGAUGAAGGAAUAGAAUAUCUGGCUAAAAUACUACAAAGUAAUACGACAUUGACAAAGCUUGAUUUACAUCAGAACGAAAUAGGCUUUCAAGGAGCGCAGUAUAUAUCUGAUGCACUUCAAUGUAACUCUACACUUACUAUCCUCAAUCUUAAUUGCAAUAGAAUCGAAAAUCAAGGAGCUCAAUAUUUAGGUAUUGCAUUACAAAAUAAUAAGACACUGACAACACUUAAUCUUCAAGCGAAUAAUAUUGACAAUCAAGGUGUUCAAUAUUUAGCGAAUGCAUUGAAAACUAAUAUGACACUAAUGACACUCGAUCUUCAAAUGAAUAUAAUCAGUUCUAAUGGUGCUCAAUAUUUGGCAGAUGCUUUACAAAAUAAUACAACAAUUACAAUUGUUGAUUUACAAUGCAAUAGAAUUGGCGAUGAAGGAGUAAAACAUUUAGCUAAUGCAUUACAAUCUAAUCGAAUUAUCGUAACGCUCAAUUUUCGCUCGAAUCUCGUCUGUGAUGAUGGAGUAACAUAUUUAGCUAGUUCAUUGCGAAUAAAUACAACGCUGUCAAAACUUGUCCUUUCUGUAAAUCAGAUCGGAGAUAAAGGUAUUGAAUCUUUAUCAAAUGCAUUACAAACUAAUAUGACACUCAUAACAUUGAAUCUUUCUAAAAAUCAAAUAGGUUCUCAAGGAGCUUUACAUCUAGCAAAUGGAUUAGAGAUCAAUAAAUCUCUUGCAACACUCAAUCUUUCUGACAAUCAUAUUGGUGAUGAAGGAAGUCAAGCUCUAGCAAAUGCAUUACAAAUAAAUACAACACUCAAAAUACUUGAUCUUGGAACAAAUGGAAUCAGUGAUCGAGGUGCACAGUAUCUAGUUGACGCAUUACAAGUCAAUACGACACUUACAACAUUCGAUUUUACAUGUAAUAAAAUCACUUAUCAAAUGGUACAAUAUUUAACUAAAAUAUUAGAAAGAAAUUCAUCAUAUAAAUAA